AUGACUUCACUGAUGGUCAUGGCGCGCAUCGCUCGCCGCUUCAUGCCCGCUUCUUUGGCUUUUCAUCUUCUCAUCGCAGUCGCAGUCACCCUGCUCAGCGCCGCCCAAGUGUCAAGCGCUCCUAUCCCUAGGAUCGAUCCUGAGAACGACUGGUCCAGCCCGCUUGUCCGUCGCGGUGGUCAGUCCAUCAUUUGUAAACAGGACGUCCGCAGCCACCGUACCUUCACCGCGGCCAAAGCAGUGGCGAGAACAUGGCGAUUUCAGAAUGAUGUUCUCCAGCUAAGUGGUACAGGCGCCGUGUCUGGAGGACCGGAUGCGACAGAGUGUGACCACAAUGUGGAACUUCAAGAAGUCAUUGAAUUUCUGAAGCCACACAUGGCUCAGUUUUGCGCUCGGCCAGCCUUUGCAGAUCGUUCAAGUGAUGCGUUCAAUAAUUUUUUCGGUGCUCUCAACGGAGCGGACAACAUGUUCCACUUGCCUCGCUACGUCAAUAAAGGCAAAGCCUCUUUGAUCGCCGGCGACAACCUCAGAUCGCCAAGUUACACCAAGACCGUCCUCUUGGGGAUUGAACGAUAUCUACAAACGGGCGGCGGGACGGUACCGAGCGCGAUCGACCAAAUUUUCGACGCGAUAAACACCAUCCUCCCUAAUGUAUACAAGAAAGAAGAGCUGGUGAAACAAGUCAACGAGGAUCGCGCGAAUGCUCAAGCCAAAGCUCGGGAGAUGGCCAAUGCCAUGGCACCGACGUCAACAUCGCCAGCACCAAAGGAUAGCACGUCACCGUCGCCCGGCCCUUCUACGACGACUACCGACUCGACGAACCCGAAACCCCCUGCUCCACCUGGCCCUGCUCCACCUGCCCCGGAGAAACCUGGCCCUGCUUCCCCUGCCCCGGAGAAACCUGCCCCUGCUCCACCUAACCCUCCUGCUCCACAGUCAGGUGUUGUUGGACCCACUAAGCGGCCCCCUCCUGCUCCAGAGCCAGGUGUUCAGCGACCCAUCAAGCGACCAAAGAUCUAA